AUGUAUUGUACAUUAUACUUUUAUUUGGGCCUAUCUUAUUACCGAAUUGACACGUAUAUCAUACCUUUUGCUUUACCAAAACACGUGUACUUUACUAUUUCAGAUACAAACUCUCGAUUAUUCAACUCUUCACUCCAGUUCUCUCUCCUCAGUUCCUCUUUGCGAUUUUCUUUUUGCUUCGCUAUUUCAAGAAUUGCAGGUGUAUUCUUUUUUGGAAGUGUAUCAACAACUGUUGUUUCUGGUCUUCUUGGCGAAAAGAUGCUCUCAAAGACAGCUGAAGAAAUUUAUGAAACGCCUUUCAUCAAGCUUUCUGCAGUAUUGUUAGUCACUGUGCCCAGGGGCGUUGAAUGAACAAGAUGUGAUUGAAAGGUGAAGCAAUAUAUUUUGCUGUUACAGGGGAGGAUAUGCCACUUUUGCUGAAGUUUUUAGCUCAGAUAAAAUACCAGAGGCGUUCCACUGUUGUAAAUGUGGAUUUGGAUUUUUCAAGUGCAUGUAUCUUGGUUCUUGAACGUAAAAUAUCCCAUCUCCCCUUCUCUGAUUGUCUUGGUACUCAUAUGACUACAUAACUACAAUGUAGUUUUGUCCACUUUUGUGCUUACUGUACAUAAGAAUGUCCCAUUAUGUACAUAGAAGUCUUUUGGCUAUGAUUAUUUGUUUUAAUUUCAUUCAAAAUGUCAAUGGCAAAACGCUGCCAGAAGUUACUCCAAACUUAUUGGUUA